UAACAAAACUAGACUAACUCAAAGAUAUAUCGCUGGCGAAGGGGACACACUUUAUUUUAAUCAAAUAACCAUGAGACUCUUUUCAAAAAAAGAAACCCUAUAUUUCAAAAAGAAACACACAGUAUCUCAGUUAACAUUUUAAAAUAAAACCUAGCUCCCAUAGCACACUUCAUAAACAACACCUAAAAUCUAAAUAAUAAACAAAUAAAAGCGUAACUUUUUUAUGAUUCUAAAUUUUAUACUCGCCAUUUUUGGAAACCAUAAAUAUUUAAAUUUUUAAAAGAUGGCGCCAAAGCUCGCUGCAACCUCGUAAAUAUUCCUUAAGGGGGAUCUGUUUCUGGGUGACUGCUGGAUCGUGCGCCCACUACGCAUCUUUCCCUCCACUUCCAGUAUAAAGAAGAUCUCAGCAGUUGCAUUCCGGGUCCGUCUUCCCACCGUGUGUGUUUGUGUAACUAUCUGUCUGUGUGUGGUGAUUAUGCACUUGUUCGAUCGAAUCCCAAGUCUGAUUUAAAAAAAAACACGGAAAGCUAAAAUGACGGGAACCAACGCUGUAAUGUUCUCCAUCACAAUCCCCACAAAAGCCGAGGAACAGCGCCUGAAAGAUGGAUACGUUCAGGUCUUAAACGGGGAGGUGGCUACCCCAGCCUCAACCAGACCUGCCAGCAGAGCUUCCACGAUCGAGAGCCUUUCCACCAUUCGAAUUGGGGAAUCCCCAGAGGAGACACCUAAGAAACCCGCAAAGGUCCAAAAACCUCCACCCACCAUCCAAAUUCAGACUCCUGAUGGCGGCUCCCGGGAUCAACUCCUGGACAUGCCAUUAGACACCGCUCAGGAGCUAGUCUUGAAGAAGAUUCUGCGAAAGUUUCACAUUCCCAAUGCCAUAUGGUUGUCCAGCUUGGAUGGCACAGCCUACAACGUCAGUUUUUCCAUGGAGUUUGAUGAACGUUACGAGAGUCUCUAUGACGCGCUCCAGGAAUGGGGCAUUGGCGAUCGCGAGGGUUCGUCAGUUUCCGUGGUCAGUUGUUUGGUGAACCGAUCCUACGUCCAGCGAGAGUCCCAGGAGGAGCAGGAGGAUCAGCCAUCAAGUAGCGAAAAUAUCAAUGCCCAGAAGCAGGGAAUCUGGAAUCGGUUUAUGAACUCGGUGCGAUCCCGCUUAAAUGUGGCCGGGAUCGUCCGGGAUGUGAGGCAGGAUGCGGCUAUAACCUUUGACUUUUGCAUACUUCUAGUAUCGGCAGCGAUCCUGGCCAGCUUUGGGUUAGUGGAAAACAGUACCAUCUUCUUGGCCUCCAGUAUGCUGAUCUCACCACUGAUGGGACCUAUAAUUGCUGCCAUUUUCGGGACUGUGAUCCAGGAUCGAUCGCUACGAAGGCUAGGCAUGCUUAAUGAGCUUAUAGGCAUCCUGACAGCCACCCUGGUUGGAUUCCUCUUCGGCCUGGUGGUGUGCACAACGAAUCAGAAGUACGCGAUCGGAGAAGGACUCACGGAAGAGAUGCUCUCCCGUUGCGAUCUUCAUUCCCUGAUUGUUGGAGUUUUUACGGCGGUUCCUUCGGGAGCAGCAGCUGCCAUCGGUAUUCUGGGCGGCAACAUAGGCUCAUUGGUGGGUGUGGCCAUAUCUGCCUCCCUACUGCCGCCGGCGGUAAACUCCGGUCUGCUUUGGGCCGUGGCCUGCGUCUACAAGUUUUUCGAGAACGAUGAAACCUUGUACAGGGAUGUGGUCAAGUCACGUCACUACUCGGAUAACCAGGCGACGGAACUGGCAGUGCUGGGGAGCAUCAGCAUGUGUCUGACCAUCUCCAACGUCCUGUGCGUCUACCUUAUGGGCAUCCUGGUGCUCAAGAUCAAAGAAAUAGCUCCGGUCAUUGGGCGAAAGAACAGGCAGUUCUGGAAGCAUGACAUUAAGCUAGCAAGGCACGGAAAUGUAGCGACGGAGGCCGAGAUAAUUGAUGAAUUGAUGGCCAAUUUGGCCACUGAAGACCAAAAGGCUUUGGGCACCAUCAACCGGCAGUUCCUAAGGCACUUGGACGAAACAGGCUAUCAGCACACAUGGUCGCCGUUAAGCAAUCGUCACAGCUAUUCGGUGCAGCCGCCUGGCGCAGCCUUCUCCACCAUUCACCGCCUGGAGGAGCUGUACACGAUGCUUGGAAACGGGCAGCUGCCGGAAGAGCGACGUCAGCGACGCAGUGUGGUCAGCCGACCAUCACAAAGAAGCCAUGAUGUUGCUAUCCAGCUAAGUCCUCCCCAGACCCGCCCUCGCUUCGCUAGCAUGCCUUCGAAGGUUGGCAAGGAUGAGUCAAUCAAGGAAAAUGUCGUCCAAGGACCUAGCCAUAAGCGGUUUACAGUCACGCCAGCGCGGGACGAUGAACAGCUGCCUUCAGAAACCCACUAAAGCCAAUUAGAGUUUCAUUUGAACAGAUUUUUGAGGGCAGCAUAUUACUCUUAAAAAGGGUAUCUUUGUGACCUUAAUUAAUCUGUGAAAUCGAAAUAUUCCAAUCGGCCAGUAUAACUGAGAUAUUUGUCUAUGUGUAAUGUGUAUUUUUGUGCAACAAUAUAACAAUUAGAAGUCUA